AUGUGUAGCUUAGAGAAGAAAGGAAACAUCUUCAUCCUAACCCUAACCGGCGACGGCGAGCACCGUCUCAACCCCACACUCCUCAAUUCCAUCAAAUCCACCCUCCACCGCGUCCGUCAACAAGCAACCGCUUCCUCCGCUCUCAUCACAACCGCCCAUGGAAAAUUCUUCUCCAACGGCUACGACAUCGACUGGGCCCAAUCCUUCCCCGAUCGCCUAAUCCUCGUCGACGAUCUACUCCGCUCCGUCGUCUCCGAUCUUAUCUCCCUCCCUAUGCCAACCAUCGCCGCCGUCACCGGUCACGCUUCCGCCGCAGGCUACAUCCUCGCACUCGUUCAUGACUACGUUUUGAUGCGAUCUGACCGAGGCUUUCUCUACAUGAGCGAGCUUGAUAUCAAACGAGUUAUUCCGUUAUGGUUUGUGGCUGUCGUUGAGGGUAAAGUUGGUGACGCAGCGGCUCGCCGGAGGAUCGUGAUGCAGGCGAGGAAGGUUACGGCUAAGGAGGCGGUGAGGUUGGGGAUUGUUGACUCGGCGCAUGAUAGUGCUGAGGAGACGGUUAAGGCUGCGGUUGGUUUGGGUGAUGAUUUGGUGAAACGUGGAUGGGAUGGACACGUGUAUGCUGAGAAUCGGAAGAGUUUUUUGGUUCAUGUGAUUCGGGCACUUGAAGAUACAAGUGAGAGAAACGUUGGAUCGAAGCUUUAG